AUGAGUACAAGCGGUGGUCUCGAUCCAACCAUCGAUCUGCAAGUGAACUUGCCAGGGCUGGCCGUGGUCCAGAUCUCGGUGGAUCAGAAAGAGGACCUGCCCGCACUGCUCCGCAUCACGAAGACGGCCAUCCUUCCUCGCGAUCGAGACAAAGUUUCUCAGCUGAUUUCGCCCCGUGGGGCGCGGCCUUUGCGGCCGGGACUGAGCCUGCGGCGAGCAGGCUUGCGAUGUGGAGAUGUGCUGAUCGCACCGCAGAUGCCCGUUCCGGAGCUGGCGGCGACUUCCGGAUCCUUUGCCGCGCUCUCUGCGGGCUCCGUCACGACCUGGGGCCGCGAUCCGAAACCAGGAGACGACAUCGUUGAGGGCGGCGAAGAGCUGCAGUCAGGCGUCGUGGAGAUCACAGCCCAUGUCUCUGCUUUCGCAGCCCUGAAGGCAGACGGAACCGUCAGCUGCUGGGGCGCAGCAGCGACAGGUGGUCGGACCCCAGCGCAGCUCUCCAAGGUCAAGUGCAUCUUCCACACGGAUCGGGCCUUCGCAGCUUUGUGUAGCGACGGCUCGGUGGUUUGCUGGGGGGACCAGCUCUUUGGUGGAGAUCCCGGGGAGGCUGCGAAAGAGCUACAGUCGGAAGUUGAGUUCAUUUUCUCCUCGUCUCGCGCUUUCGCUGCGCUGAAGCGAAGUGGGGCCGUGGUGACCUGGGGAGAAGGCCUGUCGGGAGGAAAGUGCGGCAGUGUGGCCGAUCAAUUGCGGGAUGGUGUGCAGCACAUCUACUCGACCAAAGGAGCCUUUGUUGCGAUCAAGGAGGAUGGCGACAUCGUUGCAUGGGGCUCCAGCGUUGACGGCGGCGAUGCAUCGCGGGUCGCAAGUGAGCUUCGACGGCAAGCCAUCAGGGACAUCUACACGACUGACUCGGCCUUUGCGGCUGUCAUGAAGGAUGGAAGCCUGGUCACCUGGGGCAACGCUCGAAACGGUGGAAGCAGCAUCGGCGUAGCUGCGGAGGUGCUGAGACGAGGCGGUCUCCGGAGCAUCGCUGCAGGGGAGGCGGCCUUUGCCGCCAUUUGCGCUGACGGUUCCGUGGUUGCUUGGGGCGUUCCCGAGUGGGGUGGGCGCUGCACUUCUUUUUGCGAGCGGCUGACUGAGGUCCGCUUUCUCUCAUCCACCCGUCGCGCGUUUGCGGCGCAGCGGGUGGAUGGAGCUGUGAUCUGCUGGGGCGAUGCGGGCUCAGGUCUUUUCCACAGCCCGCGCGUUCGCGGCGCUGUCUCUGGAGGGUGA